CUGAUUAGUUUUGUCUCUCCCAAGGCCCGCGAAUCGCGAAAGCUCGAUCUGUUUCUUCCCUUUUCUUUUUAUGACAUAAAUCCUGUCGGAUUCUGCUCUCUAUAUCUCUGAAAAUGGCGGACGCAAAUGCCGAACCGGCCGUUGGUUCUUCGGGAUCUAAUGAAAGCGUUACAAAGAUUGAGCCGAUCCGGAUGCCAACCAUCGAGGAGAUCCGAGCACAAGAUGUUUGGAACAACUGCGCCGUCAAAAGUGUAGCUAGUGGAGUCAUGGGAGGAGGGCUUGGUCUGAUGAUGGGUUUGUUCUUGGGAGCAUUGGAUAAUCCUAUAACGAAUGAUACCAUGACUGGUAGGCAGCAGUUUGUGUUCACUGCUAAACAAAUGGGACAAAGGAGUUGGAGUUCUUGCAAGACUUUUGCUGUUAUGGGUUUGGUUUUCUCUGCUGCUGAAUGCAUUAUCGAGAAGGCAAGGGCGAAGCAUGACACAACAAACACUGCUUUUGCUGGAUGUGUGACCGGUGGCUCCAUGUCUGCCCGAGGUGGGCCAAAAGCUGCGUGUAUAGGCUGCGCUGGCUUUGCAACUUUCUCUGUACUGAUAGAGAAGUUCUUCGACAGGCAUACGUAAACCAACAAUAUAUCUAACAAGCGCCAUUGCUGCGAAUUGUUUAGCUGUUUCUUAUACAAGGAGAGAGGGAAAACUAGAAUUACAUUUUCCAACAUAGAAGAAGAAACUGAAGCUUGUUUUGAUUGAAUAUUUGUUCAGUUAUUGUCAUUAUUUAUCGUAGAUUUUGUUUCCA